AUGUCAGUGAAUCUGACAAAGAUGAUAAUAGUAGCUAUGAUGUGUUGGUGGCAGAGGAGGAAGAGGAAAAAUAUGGUGAUUUGGAAUAUCUUGAAAAGAGACACAUGUUGCUUAAAAGGAUAAAAGAAGAGAAACCUAUGACAUCCUUUUCAUUAAAGCUGGAUAAUAAAGAUGUCUUUGAUGUGACAAUAAAAACUUAA